UGAGUGACGGAGCAUCGAGCUUUUUUUGCCUACCACCAAACAGUUGACUGCAACUUUGGCGCGACUUUUUUGCGAAGUGAACGACGGACGACGAAUCGAGAUCGCAGCGAAAUUAGAUGUGAAACAAGUGCAGAAGUGCCGAGACGAGGGAAAGAGGGAAAUAGAAAAGCGGCGUACCUGUGCAACGGCGCACUGUGUUAGCCAAGUGUAACGAUAAGCAGCGAUACCCAAUACCCCGACUAACUAAAGGAAAGCAACACACAUAAAUAAUACCCCUUAGUGGCCAGCAGCCAUGUCUACCACUACGAAACUGGAGCAGCAGCAGCACUCGAAGCCCAUACUGAGUCCAACCCGAUCCCUGGACGAAGGUUUCGAAAGCGAUCCGGAUCGGGUUUCCACAGAUUCGGAGCAUCAGACAAGUGGAACCGGCACUGGCAACACCACCACCACCACCAACACGAACAAUGCCAGCAAGCUGGCUCAGCUCAGCUCGGCGGCCACUGGCGGCGCCACCAAAGCGGCAUCGUCCAGUCCUCCAUCCUCGAAUACCAUCGGAAGUUCGGGCAGUGCCACCAGGGGUGCCCUCACCCUGGCCGCCCCGCAAAUCCAGAGGAGAGAGUUCUUCAAGGACCAGGGACCAAAGCUCCAGCGGCAACAGGCACCGCCACCGCAGCAUCAGCAGCAGCCUCGCCUGCAGUACCAAAAGCAGCGGCAACCGUUGGUCCCCAGUGCCGCCUCCAGUGUUCACAAUCAUCGGUUGACCUCGGGCAUUACUGGGUCCUCCGGCUCGGGAAACAACAGCCUGGGAAACACCGGAACUGCCACUUCCAACUAUCGGCGCGGACGUCGGCUCCACAUGAACCCCCAUCACCCCACCCGCAACGGAAUCCGUUCGCAUUCCGUGGACGCCAUAUCACGACACAAUCGCCACGGCUACGAUCCCAGUAGCCUGAUCCUAAAGCACGACGGGAAUGGCAAUAUCAGUAGCAGUAGCAGUGCGGCGGGAGGCGCUACCCGCAUGCUGAACUACAAGACAACGGGUGGCGGAGCAAGUGCAGCCGGAGCCCCAGCAGCAGGACAGGCUCUGCUGGUCCAGCCCAUCUCCAGUGCCACCCUGUCGCCCCUGGUGGCUGCUGGCGUUGUGGACGGCGUAGAGGGUGGCGGCUCGUCACCCGUGAUUGCCUCGGCCACCCACAGCCUGUACACCUUCUAUCCGGCGGAGGGAAACCUUCAGGUGUGGCAAACGGAGUGUGGCGACCUUACCUACAAGUCGUCCCGGAAUAUGCAUCAGCUUCACAAGGCACCAGUGUGCUGGACGCAGUCUAUACCCAGACAGGCCAGAAGAUAUAUAACCCCAGCAGCAGCAGCAUCUGCAUCGGCAACCGCAUCAACCUCAGCGGCAGGAGGCGUCGUCGCUGGCACAAAUCUGGCAGUGUAUCCCACAGCCACCGCCCAGGUGUAUCGCUCCAACAACGGACUGGAUGUCCUGGAUUGCGCUGGACUGGAGCACCACACUGCUAGUGCGAUGACCACAUCCGGACACUCCGGCAGCUCAGGCUUCUCCCAGCGCCUCAGGGAACUGGCCGCCUCCGCGGGCCUGCUCUCCCUGAAGCCCCGCCAGCCCCUCAAGCCGGUGAUCAAGACGCGCGGCUCGCCGGGUCCGGAGUUCCCCAAGAAGGUCACCUUCAGUGCCUUUGCCACCGUGCAGGUGGUGUGAAAGUGGGGGGCGAACAGUGGGUCUAGCAUCUGUGGCAUCUGUGCAGGCGCAGAGCAAGUUUCAUCUUGCACUUGUUAACCAUUAUUUGUUGUUGUUUUUAUACUUGUUGCUGUUGUUAAAUGUUUAGCCAAAACUAUGGGAACCAUAGGCGAAGGAUGCGUCCAGAGAAUCUUAAAAAAAAAAAAAAAACAGAAACAAAAAUUGUUGUGCCAUUUUUGUGGCUUGAAAAUUUAAAUGAAAACCAUAUAGUAAAAAUUAAUUACACCCCAUAGCUGAAGCAAAUACCUCAAAUUUCUAUCUAUUCUCCUACUUUUCCUGCUUUUCAUUAACUUUCCCUUGGUAGACUGACUUUUUCAACAACUUUCUUAUAGUUCCUUUCGAUUUCCCCUCCACUAAAACAGUAUUUUCCAUCUCUUGAUCACUUUCCUCACAACCUCAUUUAAAAAAAAACACUAUUAUUAAUUUAAGACCAUAAGCUUCAAAAUUCUAAAUAUUUUCUAUUCUGUAAAUAUGAAUGAAUUUUUGCUUGAAACAAUUUAAACAGCAAAUAUAGUCAUAAAUAUA